AAAUUCAAGAGGCCUAAAACGCACAAAUGCCGGUGUCACGUGGUUAUGAAGACGUCACCAGUUAUUUUUUAUAGCAUUGCAAUUGCUAAACUAGUAUUGUUACAGUCUCCUUUCAAGUCUUGGGCAUUACGAUUCUUUUGAGCAGCGUUAUCAAAAUGAGCAGGUCUGGAUUUGCAGGCAUAAUGUCAAAGAACUUGUCACAGGGAUUUGGGAGACUUGAAGUACUAGAACCAGAAGAUGGAAUGUCUGUAGAAGCAUUUGGGUUAUUGACAAGGCCAACAAGUUCUCUAGAGAAAGCAAACUCUGUAAACAAGAAUAUAAAGAAUGAGAAGAAAGGCAAGCUUGAAAUUAUGGAUUCAAGAGAGGCAGUUAUUGCUGAGUCAGUAGAAACAGUGUCCCGAUCAGGCAGUGUGGCCUCCAGGCAUGGGUCGGCUUCUUCAAGCAAGAAAAAAUAUACUCCAACUAAACAGAUCUCUUUGACUGCAGCAAAACAUUCUAUAGAAAAGCAUGAAGUAUAUGUGAAGAAAAUGGACAAUAAACAUGCAGAAAAAAUUGUGGAGACCAGUCCAAGGCCAUAUAACUGUCUGCAAGAAAACUUUGAAGAGCCGAUUGUAGUACCAGAUACAAGAUGUUUUAAUUCGUCUACUUUAAAGGUUUCUCUUCAAACGCAAAAGAACACCUUUGCUAAAGCAGAAAAUAGUGCAUUAAGUGAGCCAACCCCUGUUGAAAGAAAACAUUUUGAAGAACAGAUUACAAAUCCUGUAUUUUCUACUGAAGUUGUGCUGCCACAUAGCUCUGCAAACAGAGUUCACAGAGGUCUGUCAGAAACAUCUGGCGAAGAGAGCAGUGAUGAAGAAAGUGAAUCAGAAGAGGAGGAGGAGAAAGGGAAAGCCCCAAUGCAGCUUCUUGGAGAGUUCCUGAAGGCAACAAUGGAAGAAGACUACAAACUGGCCAACAAGCUUUGCACAAUGAUUCUUAUAUACGAACCCGACAAUCUAGAGGCUAAGGAGUUUUUUCCACUCAUUGAGAAAAUGAUGCUGAUAGAUGAGCAAACAAAGGAAAGUGAUGAAGAUGAAGAAACUGAUGAAAGUGAUGAUGAAACAUCAGACAGUGAAGAUGACAGUGAAAGUGAUGAUGAAACUUCUGAUGAAAAUUCAGAGGAGUCAUCUGAGAGUGAUGAACAUUCAUAAAAAUGUAGUCAUGAAGUACUUCUGAGCACACCGUUCUGCUAUUUUCUGUAUAACUGAAGUACAUUGUCAUUGAGACUGUAUUUAACCAAGUUGUCUCACCUCCUGUGUUCAUUACUGGGUAAUAUAAAGUAAUUGUACUGCACUUUCAUUUUUAUCUACUUGUAUAACUGUAUCAUAUAUUGUGGUAUUUAUUCUAUAAAAAUAAAAGGAAGUAUAAUAUUGCAA